AUGUUUUCAGUGUCACCAAGGUUUCUACCGUACAACAUCGAAGAUCUGCUGCGGCUGGCCGACGAACUGACGGAGAGGUACCCGGCUCAGCGUCCAUCGUCCGGCGACGGUUACAACUUGACUCCUGCCGCCUCUCGUCUGGCUUUAGCCCGCCAUGGGGAUUCUGAGGUGCACAACACGGACAAGGAGUUUCGUAUACGCCUGGAUCUUCACCACUACUCCCCAGAGGAGGUGAGGAUUACCUGUGACAACCUGAGGAUUACUAUCAACGCCAAACAUGAGGAGCGACAGGAUGACCAUGGUUAUGUGUCCAGGGAGAUAACCCGUACAUACAGACUGCCGGCGGAUGUUGAUGUUAGAUCUGUUGCAUCUUCCAUGAACACACAUGGAGUUCUCAACAUCAGGAUUGCCAAGAAGGCAAUCCAAGCUCCAACAGAGAUUCCUGUGGCCGUUGAGAUCAUGUAA